AUGGCUUCCGAGAAGGUUGAGACAGUGGUUGCUGGAAACUACUUGGAAAUGGAGAGAGAAGAUGAAGAUUCUAAGUCAGCUAGGGGCAAGCUAUCGAGGUUCUUCUGGCAUGGUGGCUCGGUUUAUGAUGCAUGGUUUAGCUGUGCUUCUAAUCAGGUUGCACAAGUGUUACUGACAUUACCAUAUUCAUUUUCCCAACUGGGGAUGUUAUCUGGGAUUCUAUUUCAACUUUUUUAUGGGUUGAUGGGAAGCUGGACCGCUUACCUCAUCAGCAUCCUUUAUGUUGAGUACAGAACCAGAAAAGAAAGAGAAAAGGUUGAUUUCAGAAACCAUGUGAUUCAGUGGUUUGAAGUUCUUGAUGGACUCCUAGGCAAACACUGGAGAAACAUAGGUCUCUUUUUCAACUGCACUUUCCUAUUGUUUGGAUCAGUGAUUCAACUAAUUGCCUGCGCAAGUAACAUAUACUACAUAAACGACAACCUCGACAAGAGAACCUGGACUUACAUCUUUGGCGCCUGCUGCGCGACAACAGUGUUCAUCCCUUCUUUCCACAAUUAUAGAAUCUGGUCAUUCUUGGGCCUCAUCAUGACCAGUUACACCGCAUGGUAUCUCACAGCAGCCUCCCUUCUCCACGGACAGGUUGAGGGGGUGAAGCACUCGGGACCAGCCAAAUUAGUUCUCUACUUUACUGGGGCUACUAACAUUCUCUACACUUUUGGUGGACAUGCUGUCACAGUGGAAAUUAUGCAUGCGAUGUGGAAGCCUCAGAAGUUCAAGAUGAUAUAUCUAUUGGCAACAUUAUAUGUGUUGACUUUGACUUUACCAUCAGCAGCAGCUGUGUAUUGGGCAUUCGGGGACAUGCUCCUUACUCAUUCCAAUGCGCUCUCUUUGCUCCCAAGGACAGGCUUCAGGGAUGUUGCUGUCAUUCUCAUGCUUAUUCACCAGUUCAUAACUUUUGGAUUUGCCUGCACUCCUCUGUACUUCGUGUGGGAAAAACUCAUCGGAGUGCAUGAAACCAAGAGUUUGUUCAAGAGGGCGCUGGCUAGACUUCCUGUGGUGAUCCCAAUAUGGUUUCUUGCCAUCAUAUUCCCUUUCUUUGGGCCCAUUAACUCAACUGUUGGAUCUCUCUUGGUCAGCUUCACUGUUUACAUUAUUCCGGCCAUGGCACACAUGGUCACUUUUGCUUCUGCCCCGGCUAGAGAGAAUGCUGUGGAGAGACCACCGUCGAUUGUGGGAGGAUGGGUAGGAACGUACUCCGUGAACGUGUUUGUGGUGGUGUGGGUUCUGGUGGUAGGAUUUGGGUUGGGAGGAUGGGCGAGCAUGCUAAAUUUCAUACAACAGAUAAACACAUUUGGGCUGUUCGCCAAGUGCUAUCAGUGUCCUCCUCAUAAGGCAUAAUUACUAUAUUUUCACUCCUUGUGAUACUUACAGUGUGUAAAGAAGAGAUUGGCUUUUGUAACUUUUCCUCCUUUUAUUUAAUUUCCCCUCCUCCUUUGUUUUUUUGUUUUUUUUUUUUUUUCACUGUAAGAGGCCAUGGACUAGUGUUGAUUGUUUCGGCGCAAGGUGUGAUGGCAAUCACGGCCACCCCCUAUACGGACUUACAGUUAAAACUUUGCUGUGUGCUAAUUAAUCAUUUCUUGUUAUGCAACUACCUUGCAUUUUUCAGGA